AUGUACCCGGAUGAAGAUUCACCCGAGGAAUCUGAUUUUAGUGAUGUAGUUCUCGAGUACAUUAGCCAAAUGCUUAUGGAAGAAGAUAUGGAAGAAAAAACUGAAAUGUAUCAGGAGUCUGCAGCACUUCACGCUGCAGAGCAAUCAUAUUAUGAGCUUCUUCAAGAGAAUUCUUCUUCUCCUCCUUGUGACCUGAUUCAUUAUGCUGAUCACAACCAUGAAAGUCAUCCGUUGCAUUGCAGUUAUAACAGUACUACCUCUGGCAGUACCAGAAGCAUUAGGGAUUGUGAUUUGCUCGAAUAUAAGUCCUUGCAUGUUGCUUCUCAGUCCACUUCUCUACCAUUCAAUGCACCAUCAAAUGAAACUGGUAAUGUUGUAGAUGGGUUUGCGGAUUCCCCGGUGAGCAUUCUUAGAGAUCCUGAAUUUUCUAAUGAGAGUGAGUUGGUUAUGCAAUUUAAAAGAGGCUUUGAAGAAGCGAGUAGGUUUCUUCCAAAUGCUAAUAGUCUGAAUGUUGAUUUUGAAAGUAACACGUUGUCACUUAAAGAGGGCAAGGCAGAGGCUAUAGGUAUGGUAGUUAAGGUAGAUAAGAAGAAUGAGUACUCUUCUGAUGGGUCAAGGGGAAAGAAGAAUCCAUUUCAUGAGGAUGUGAGUUUAGAAGAGGGGAAGAGUAACAAGCUAUCAGCAGUUUACACUGAAUCAACAGUGAGUUCGGAAAUGUUUGACAGGCAUUUGCUAAACUGUGGACAAGGAGAAGCUGCUCUCCGUGAAACUUUGCAGAAUCGGACAAUCAAGAUUGUACAACAGAAUGGUCAAUCAAAGGGGUCAAGUGGUGGAAAAGCCCGCGGAAAGAGGCAGGGAGGUAAAAAGGAUGUGGUGGAUUUGAGAACUCUUCUAACGCAUUGUGCACAAGCUGUUGCAGCUAAUGAUGAGAGGACUGGCGAUGAGUUACUUAAGCAGAUCAGACAACAUUCUUCUCCUAUGGGAGAUGCGAUGCAGAGACUAGCUCACUAUUUUGCUGAUGGUCUUGAGGCACGCAUGGCUGGAUAUGGUACUCCGAUUUACAGAGACCUUAUAACCAAGCCAGCAUCAGCUGCAGAUGUCUUGAAGGCUUACAAUCUUUAUCUUGACGCAUGUCCAUUUAAGAAGCUAUCAAAUUUCUUCUCAAAUAAGACAAUAAUGAAUGUAGCUGAGAAAGCAACAAGGCUCCACAUUAUUGAUUUUGGUAUCCAUUAUGGUUUUCAAUGGCCUAGCCUCAUACAAAAUCUCUCUUCUAGGCCCGGUGGACCUCCAAAGCUUCGGAUUACUGGGAUUGAUCUUCCACAACCAGGUUUCCGACCUGCAGAAAUGGUUGAGGAGACUGGACGGCGCUUAGCAAACUAUGCGGAAACUAAUAAAGUUCCAUUUGAAUUCAAUGCAAUAGCACAAACGUGGGACACCAUUCAAAUUGAGGAUCUCAAAAUUGAUCGUGAUGAGGUGCUUGUUGUAAAUUCUGUACACAGAUUAAGAAGACUACUUGAUGAGACUGUGAUGGUCGAAAGUCCGAAAGAUAUGGUUUUAAAACUGAUCAGGAAGAUCAAUCCAGAUGUCUUCACGCUGGCGAUUGUUAACGGAUCCUACAGUGCACCGUUCUUUCUCACAAGAUUCCGGGAGGCUCUCUUCCACUUUUCUACAAUGUUCGAUAUGCUUGAGACAAAUGCCCCCCAUGAUGCUCCGGAGAGGAUGCUUAUUGAGAGGGAGAUAUUUGGUCGGCAGGCAAUGAAUGUCAUUGCGUGCGAGGGUUCAGAGAGGAUCGAGAGACCAGAGACAUACAAGCAGUGGCAGGUGAGGAAUCUGAGGGCUGGGUUUACGCAACUUCCUUUGAAUCAGGAGAUUGUGAAGAUAGCGAAGGACAGGCUGCAAUCAUGCUACCAUAAAGAUUUUGUAAUUGAUGAAGACAGCCAGUGGCUGCUGCUUGGAUGGAAAGGGCGCAUUGGCUAUGCUCUUUCUUCUUGGAGGGCUGCUUGUUAG